CAACAACGCUGAGCGGUCAUACAGUUUCCGACCGGCAAGGAGUUUAGUUGUCUCCGACCGCAAAAGCUCUUCUUUGGCUUCAUUUUACAAACUUAUCAUGUGGCUUGCUUUGUGAGUUAUCCGAAGACGUUCAGGUUACAUCCAAGAGUUAUCCAAGGAGAAGAAAAAAAAAACCAACAUGGAAUUGUGGUAUUUCAUGGCAAUUUUAACUUUGAUCUCUGCCAGGAGAGGAGAAAGACCAAAAUAUAUGACAGCCUACGCUUGUGAAGGAAGUAAAUUACAUAUAAAAUGCGACGAAGGCCAACUGAUAAAUCUCAUCCGAGCAAACUAUGGACGUUUCAGCAUAAGCAUUUGCAACGAGCAUGGAAAUUUGGAUUGGAGCGUGGACUGUAUGUCUCAUAGAUCAUUCAGGGAAAUGCAGCAAAGCUGUGGUAGGAAGAAAACCUGCAGCCUUCCAGCAUCAAGUACUAUAUUUGGUGAUCCAUGUCCUGAUACAGUGAAGUAUUUGGAGGCCCACUACCAAUGUGUGCCAGUAUAUUAUCAAUUUUUAGAAGCAACUACAGCAAUAGCAACAAGACCAUCACCACCAAUAAUUUUUCCUCCCACUGUCCCUAUUUAUGUUCAGUCAUCAACUUUGGCUAGUCAGACAGUGCCUGAUUUAUCAUCUGCUACAUCAGUCACUGAAAUUUCAGAUAUUUCACCACAAAUCAAAACAUCUUUAACUACUAAAAGUUCUAUGGUUACUCCUGCAAUUAUAAAUACUUAUUCUGUUUCCAGUCUUUCAACACCAGUGCCAACAAAAUCACAUAUUAUGAAUAAAGCUAAUAAAAAUUCAGUUAAAAUAACACAUCAGUCUCCUAUUGAAGAUAAUUCUAUACGUCAUUGUCCACGUUUCACAGCAAGAAAUGUUAUUUGGAGUAGAACUAGUGCAGGAGUCACAUCUAAACAACUUUGUCCUGGUGGUACUACAGGUGAAGCUCUGUGGUACUGUGAUGAAAGAACAUUAAAAUGGAAUCCUAGUCAUCCAGAUAUGAGUGAUUGUAAAUCAUUAUGGCUUAUUAGUUUAAAAGAGAGGUUGCAGCAUGGAGAUUCUGUUAUCAAUAUAGCAGUUAAACUUGCUGUAAUGGCAAAAACAAAUAUGAUGUAUGGCGGUGAUCUUAUGCAGGUAACAGAUAUUAUUCAACAACUUGUUUUAAAAAUGGCAAAUAGGAUAAUAGAAUAUCCGGAUGGAAGACAACGCCAUCAAAUAGUAAUGGAACUAGUACAGUCAAUAGUGGAUAUUUGCAAUAGUUUACUAGACGAUUUUCAAAACGAUGCUUGGAAUGAUUUACCAGAAUUAAAUCGCAGAACUGUAGCUUCAGCACUUCUACGAGAAAUGGAGCAAAGUGCACUUCUAUUAGCCGAAUCUCAAGAUGGAGAAAAUCAUUUUAGCAGAGUACAAGAUAAUGUUUUAAUGACUGUUACUGUUUCCAAUGUUAAUUCUGUAACAAGUAUGAGACUUCCAAGUGCUGAUGACAUAUUUGUUACACCUUGGUCAAAAGUAGAAGAUUUUAUUUUUAUUCCUCGACAAACUCUUUUAGAUUCUGCAAGAAAUGGUAUGGUCAAAAUUAUAUAUCUGAGUUAUAAAAAAUUAGCAAAUAUUUUAGAUCCUUCUCCAAAAAUGGAUCAGAUUUCAUAUUAUGAAAUGCCAGAUUCUAUAAAUGAAGAUAAAAAGAUCCAAGUUAUAAACAGUAGAAUAGUUACAGCAUCAUUAGGUCGCAUAGGAUUAAUUGAAUUAUCAGAACCAAUUGCUAUAAUAUUAAAAAAUUCUCAUGAUGAAAACAAUGAUACAAAGUCUGAAUCUUUAUUUCCCUGUUGUGUAUAUUGGGAUUUUGAAUUAAGGUCUUGGUCUGACAACGGAUGUUGGGUUCAGACAUUUAAUAGAACUCAUACUGUGUGCAGAUGUAAUCAUCUUACAAAUUUUGCAGCAGUUCUCAUGAAGAGAAGAUCAGUACAAUUAUCUUACAAGAAUGAAACAUCACUAAUUGUAGUUACUUAUAUUGGUUGCAUCAUCUCCAUAGCAUGUUUAUUACUUACAGUUCUAGCAUUUCAAAUAUUCAGGGAAAUUAAAAAUGAUCAUAUUACUAUUCAUAAAAAUUUAUGUAUUUGUCUUCUGAUAGCGGAAACUAUUUUUAUUGGUGGAAUUAAUCAAACUCAUUUGAGAAUCCUAUGUGGAAUAGUGGCUGGAUUAUUACAUUAUUUUUUUCUAUCUGCAUUUCUUUGGAUGCUUUUAGAAGGAUUUCAUAUUUAUAUUUUAUUAGUUGAAGUUUUUGAAUCAGAGAAAUCUAGAAUUAAAUGGUAUUAUGCAAUAGCUUAUCUUUUACCUGCAAUAAUUGUUGGAAUAUCUGCGGCUGUGGAUCCUUACAGUUUUGGAACUGAACAGCAUUGCUGGUUAAGAGCAGAUAAUUAUUUUAUCUUCAGUUUUAUUGGCCCUCUUAUAUUAGUAGUAAUGAUCAAUUUUUUCUUUCUUGGAUUCAGUGCCUUCAUUAUCUGCCAUCGAAAAAAACAUAAUUCUACAAUUAAAACUAAAGAACAAAGCAAAUUAGCAAAUACUAAGAAUUAUAUUAGGGGAGCAUCAAUGUUGGUUAUGCUAUUAACCAUAACAUGGAUAUUUGGUGUAAUAUAUUUAAGAAAGGAAUCAAUUAUUAUGGCUUAUAUCUUCACAGUAUUUAACAGUUUACAAGGACUAUUUAUAUUUAUCUAUCAUUGCAUGAAAAAUGAAAAGUUACAAAAAGAAUAUGAAAAGUUUAUUCAUCGUUCACAGUGGCUACCAGAAUGUGUAAAGAAUACUAAAUCUGGGGACAGUUGUUCCAGUUUCUACAUCCAUUCUACUAGAACACCAACUGCUCCAACCACAUCAGCAACACACAGUUCUCUUCACCAAGCAAUGGAUGUACAGAAAGAACAACCAUCAACAAGCAACAUAACCAUCCCUACAUCAAUUGUCCAAGAUCUUCCCUCUAUGACACUACAGCAGAGACUGUCACGUGAAAGAACAUCUAUGAGAAGUAAUCAAGGAACUCAAAAGAAAUUAAAUACCAGAACAAGUACAAUGACAAAGACAAGUGAUUUAGAUAAAGAUAUUGUACAGUGUCCUAAAGACUACAAUUGUGAUAAAGUUAUUGUUGCAGCAAAUUUACAUGAACAACAACCUGGUAGAAUAAUUCAUACACCUUAUAGUCAUAUGCUGGGUCACAGUGAUAGAUACCAUUCAUACAUUGAUCAUAUUUAUGAAACCAUUGAUGAUGAUCUUGAUGUGCCUUCCUAUGAGAGGAGGAUGUCACCAUAUGGUUAUCAUGCUGUAGUUCCAGAAGGUCAUAUUCGUACUCAUUCAGAUGCCAGCCGUCAAUCUUCUUCCAGUUUUAACUGUGAUCACCAUCCACUUCUUCCUCCUAUCUUGCCACAAAGAAAUGCAUUAACUGCAUUGGCCCAAGUGCUUAAUUCAGCUCCAAGGCAAACAUCAUCUUUAACACAAGACAUUUAUUGCCAAAGGUGUUCAGAUGGUAUGGUUUGUCAUCAUCAUGCAAAAUUAUUCAGUGCUGAAGCUAUUCCAUUAUCAAAUGAAUUGGAUACGUGCUCAACCUUACCUAUUCGUUAUUUUAGAGAAAAAAACAAUGAAAUAAAUGAUGGAUGCCAUCAAAACACAGUUCCCCAUUCUGACAGAAUAGCUUGGAACACUGUUCUUCCAGAUAUAGCCAAAUUAUCAAAUGACAGUGCUGUAUUGAUGGCUGUUUUAGAUGGACAACAUGUAGAACAUGUGAUCUGUAAACCUCAUUCAGACAUUGCCAAUAAAUCAAAGUCACAUACGACUAAUCAUCAACUUACUACGGAUUGCUGAGAUAAACUACAUCCUGUACAUAAAUUUAUUUGAAAUGUAAUGUUAAGAAGAAAUUCUUCACAUCUAUUUGUAAAUUGAGGUAUUUCUCUACUGUAUUCUAUUUGCAUCUGAAAAAUUGCAUCCUGUACACUAAACAAAAAAUGGAAUCUCAGUAAAUCGACAACUGUAUAUGUUAAAAAUUUCUGUAUGCUCACAGUCGUGCCACCCAUUACAAUGUAAAAUUUUUUGGCACAUUUUGUAAAAUAAUUUCCUGUAUAUUUAUUCUGUUUGUGUUGUCUUGCUUUAAAAUGAAAUAUUUUAAAAACAUAACUUUAAAAUGUUCUGAAAUUCAUGUCAUAUUUUACUGCUUUCAAUUUUAAAGAUAAAAAUAAUCAGUUUUCAAUAUGAUAUUCUAUUACAAAAGUUGGUAUUGUAAUAAUAACUAUUUAAAUUGGCAUAAGUCUGACAACAAACAAAUAA